CCCGAUUCGAACCGCGACCGAGUGACUGCAACGUUGUAGCUACACCAACAUGGCCAACUCGGCCGUAUAACUCCAAAAGUACGUCGCGAACAAACCAAAAACAAACGAAUCGACAAACAGUGGUGCUGUGCGAGUGCUAAAAGUGCUAAAUUUGGAUUACACGCCUCUUGCAAAACCGUAUCUUCCUCGACCAGAACGAGAAAUGCUCCAGAACUCCUACAAAGCGAUGUAUCGGCCGAACUUUUACGAGAGCACCUGCCUGAGGUGCAACGAGACCGUCUACCAGGUCGACCGCGUCGGGCCGCUAAAAGACUUCACGUUCUAUCACAGCGGGUGCUUCAAGUGCGCCGCGUGCGGCACCAAGCUGACCCUCAAGACGUACUUCAACAACCAGCACCGGCAGGAGGACAAGGAGGUCUACUGCAACAGCCACGUGCCCAAAAUCGGGCCGGGCCAGAUCGACGGCAGCUCCGUCGGCAUCAGGUCGGCGCUAAACGUCCCUAAGAGCUCCAAUUUCGUCAACGAGCAGAUCAGGGGCAUCGGAAGGCCGGGAUUUGAGGCAGAAGGUUUGCAAAUACGCACGCACCUCAACGGUUCGUCGCAUUCCCCACAUUCUCCCCCCUACGGAGAAAGCAGGAACGCAGGGCCGAACUACAGCCCCAACUCGCACUACCAAAACAACCACAACGAAACGCCCGGGUACCAGUAUGGCAGGUUCGACGCAAGCGCGCUGCACAUCGCGCAUGCGCUCAAACAAACGGAGCUUCAAAAGGCCUACAAACAGAAUCGGGAAAAACCCAUCGAUUGUUAUUUGGACAGAGAUGAACAAAAACGACUUGAAAUGAAGCAUAGAAAAGAAGAAGAUGAUUUAUAUCGAAAAUUCCAAAGGCAACGAGAAGAAGAAGACAGACGAAUAAGGGAUGAAUUUAGGGACGAAUGGGAAAAAGAACUGGAAAGACUCACGAACAGGUUCGAAAGGGAGAUGCAGAUGAAGAGAAAAAGAGACGAUCAAAAUGUUUUGACGUUGAGGCAUCAGCAAGAACGUGAUGAUCUUGAGAAAAAUAUGACGCUGAGAAGAGACAAGAAAAAGGAAUCCCUUACCAGGAAAAUGUUGGAACAUGAAAGGGCUGCGACUGCCGCGCUGGUGGAAAAACAGAGCCACGAGAUGUUGGAGCUGAUCAACGAGAAGCGCAGCGAGUUCAUGCAGGCCGAAUCCCUGUACCUGGACCCCACCGACACGCACUUCGAAGAGGUGCAGCCGUACCCGAGUCUGGCCCCAGCGCCGGCCCCCCCCGCCCUGAGCAAGUUCCAGGUGUACAACGACCCCGUCGAGUUCACGAACGUCGAUCAGAUCGCGAUCUCGGUGGCUCAGGAGGAUCAGAAGUCGUUCACCGAUCUGGUGAGGCAGCUGGUCGGGCGGUGCGGCUCCGACAUUGAGAAGGCCAGGACGAUUUUCCGAUGGAUUACGGUGAAAAACCUGAACACGAUGUCGUUCGACGAUAAUCUGCGAGGAGAUACGCCUAUGGGUCUCCUAAGAGGUAUCAAGAACGGCACUGAGAGUUACCAUGUAUUAUUUAAGAGAUUGUGCAGUUAUGCUGGUCUGCACUGUGUAGUGAUAAAAGGCUAUUCGAAAUCGGCCGGUUACCAACCUGGAGUUCGCUUUGAAGACAAUCGCUUCAGAAACUCUUGGAACGCCGUCUACGUGGCCGGUGCCUGGCGGUUCGUUCAAUGCAACUGGGGCGCUCGGCAUCUGGUCAACGCCAAAGAAGCCCCUAAAGCCGGCAACAAAGCCAAAUCUGACAGUCUAAGAUACGAGUACGACGAUCAUUAUUUCUUGACGGACCCAAAAGAGUUCAUCUACGAAUUCUUCCCGCUGCAGUCGGAUUGGCAGCUGCUGAAGAACCCAAUCACCUUGCAGGAAUUCGAAGAGCUCCCGUUCGUUAGGUCGCUGUUCUUCAGAUAUGGCCUAUACUUUUCCGAUCCCAAUACCAAAGCUGUUAUGUUUACUGAUUCAACAGGUGCUGCUACAGUGAGAAUCGCUAUGCCGUCCCAUAUGCAGGGUAGUUUAAUAUUCCACUAUAACCUCAAAUUUUACGAUAGCGAUGGUGAUAACUUCGACAGAGUAUCGUUGAAGAGAUUUGUCAUGCAAUCUGUUGUUGGCAACAUGGUGGCCUUCAGGGUGCACGCACCGUGCAGCGGUGCUUUUCUCCUCGACAUUUUCGCGAACGCAGUCACCCCCAAGGAGUACCUGACCGGGGAACCGAUGAAGUUCAAGAGCGUGUGCAAGUUUAAGAUUUGCUGUGAAGACCUGCAGACUGUCAUGGUGCCUCUGCCCGACUGCGCCAGCGGCGAAUGGGGCCCAACCAAGGCGACAAGACUGUUCGGAUUGGUGCCAAUCACUCAUCAAGACGCUUUGGUAUUUGCGGGUAGAGAGCUGGAACUUCAGUUCCGUAUGUCCAGGCAGUUGACAGAUUUCAUGGCAACGUUGCAUAAAAACGACGUCGAAGAAAAACGCCUGUCAAAAUUCGUUUCUCACAACGUCGUGGACGAUAUAGCGACCUUUAACAUUAGUUUCCCCGAAGAAGGUCAGUACGGCCUUGACAUUUACACGAGAGAAAUGGCGUCUGCCUUGGACGCGCCGGGCGAAAAACACCUGCUUACGCACUGCUGCAAAUACUUGAUCAACUCGUCGAAAAGGAACUAA